CGAGAUGUUUCACCGGUGUUUUCUUACUCUAUUUCUAAUAAAAUGCGCCUUCAGUGCGAAAACCAAUUACCAGACUACCAUUAGUACUUGCGGCGGUGAUUACUCGGGAUACGAGUACACAAUAGUAUCUCCGAAUUAUCCUCAGAAUUAUUCGGAGAAUUUAGAGUGUAUUUAUGUUCUGCGAGGGAGUCCUCAUGCCAAGUGCAAUCAGAUUUUCCAUCUCCAGUUUUUGGAUUUCUCACUGAGACCCUCCGAGAACUGCCAAGGGGAUUUCGUGGAGAUUGGUGACAGAAGUUUAUUCUGUGGACGCGUUGGAGGAAUUCGGAGGUAUCCUGGCAAGGAUAAUAGCUUGACUAUUCGAUUUCACAGUGGAAAAAAUGGAGUACAGGGUGGGAGGGGCUUUAAAAUUGCUGUGACAACGUUGCCCUGUCCUUCGGGAAAUUCGACAUUGCACGCACACAGAAUUAAUGAGAAUCUCGAGGAGAAUUCGAUUCCCGAAGUGGAACCGCUGCCGGUGGAGCCUCUACCCGAUCAGCAACUCCCGAGGAACAACCACCACCCGGUCUACCGCCCAACCCCUUCCUCCACCACAGAAUCCGCGAAAUCCUCCCCCAAAGCCUCGCAGCCCCGAAAAACGGAUUUCUCGCGUCCCGCGAAAAUAUCCUCGUACUUUUUCGCCGCUCCCGACACCGACAACCUCUCCCUUCCCUCACAUCUCGAACUCCCUACCCCCGGGCGAAUUCCACCCUUCAAACCCCGUCAAUUAGAUCAAUUUCCAUCAACAUCCCGACAAUCGGCAACAGAGAGUAAAUUAUCCCGAUUAGAAGACUUCGGUUCCCUGUCGGAGCACCUCGGAAUAUCAUCCUACGGUCUCCCAGGUUCCUUCAAUCACCCCAUCACCUCGAUAAAUACUGGGGAAGUGUUGGACCGAGAGAUUGAUUGCCACAACAAAUUAAAUCCUCAAGAACUGGGUAAUAAUUAUCCUUUAUAUCCAGCGACAACCUAUGGUCAGCCAGGUUCACCAUUUCCUCCACCAAAUUCUCGACCAAAUCCUCUCCCAAAUCCUCUCCCAAAUCCUCUCCCAAAUCCUCUCCCAAAUCCUCUCCCAAAUCCUCCCCCAAAUCCUCCCCUGAACCCUCUCCCACCGCGUAAUAACCUGCCGAUUGUCCCAAGGCCAAGUGGAUUCGUCCCAACGCAAAAUCCUGGUGCAUACUUCCCAGGAAUUACACCGAGAUCAGGAGAAUGCUGUGGAAAUCUUUUCUCAUCACCCAGAUUUAUCCUGAGCAGUCCUGGAUUUCCCCACCUCCUUUACAACGGAAAUGCCUAUGAAUGCAAUUAUAAUAUCGCUCCGAGCUCCCCGAGUGUCUGUCGUCUGCGUUUGCACUUCAAGUUCUUCAAUCUCGGUGGCGAGGAUCCCCUCUGCAGCAAUGGACACCUGGAGAUCGAUGGGAAACGAUACUGCGGGUGUAGAACGGGCAUCACCGUCAUCUCCAACGUAUACAGCCCUCUGGUGAAGACUUUUAGGGUGCGGUAUGUCGGCUUCCCGAGAACAAAGCUCAAUGGGUUUGUUAUUGACGUCGUCCAGGAGACCUGCUCUUACAACAGAUAUCCUCAGUUGGCGAGGAGUAAAAAGGAGGUGAAUGGCACUGCCAGGGGGAAGAGGGACCUCGGGUACUCCUACCCUAGACCGAGUACACCCCUUGAUCUCGGUGGAGGGCUGUCCGGGCAAGCUGGUGGACAUUCAGGGUUCUUCUCAACGACUAGGUGUCAGGCUUUAAGUUUCAUCGAUUGGACCCUCGCUGUCAAGGAAGUGUACCUCAAGGGCACCAGGUGCACCCCAGGGGGUCGCUACCCCAUUCAUCCAGGGGGAUAUCUUCCUCCUAGUUAUCCUGGCGAUGCAUCACCUAAUUCUCCAGGGAACUUCCCAGGAAAUUAUCCUGGGGGUGGAAAUUUUCCGGGGAAUUAUCCAGGGGGUGGAAAUUUACCGGGGAAUUAUCCAGGGGGUGGAAAUUUACCGGGGAAUUAUCCAGGGGGUGGAAAUUUUCCGGGGAAUUAUCCAGGGGGUGGAAAUUUUCCAGGGAAUUAUCCAGGGGGUGGAAAUUUACCGGGAAAUUUACCGGCGUAUCCUCCGGGUAAUGGAAUUCCUCCGAGUUCAGAGAAUUGCGAAACUGUUUCUGUUCUCGAGGGAAUUCUCUCCUCGCCGUUUUACCCCAGCCCUUAUCCCAACAAUGUGAAUAAGUGUUGGAGGUUUUAUAGAGCACCUGCGGAGUGUCGACUCCAAUUAUCAUUCCUAGAAUUCGACGUGGAGUCCAGUCCAGGGUGUGUCAAGGACUCCGUCAGCAUCAGUGGACAGAAUACGAAAUUCUGUGGGAGAACAUUGGCUGGGAGCAAAACACUUCUUGGCUUUCCGGGGAGCAACUCCAUCGAUAUUCGAUUCAGUUCCGAUGGAUUUGGAACGGGAAGGGGAUUUACCAUCGGUUUCACGCAGCUGCCAUGUCAAGUCGAGGCGAAUCGUUAACUAUUAAUUUAUUAUCAUUAAAUUCUAUAGCUUUAUUUUAUUUUUUUGUACUUAAUUGUUAAAUU